AUUUUAUAUAUCGUUGUAAUGUGAAACAAGCCUACUCUGCAAGCAAUGUCAGAUUAUUUUUUACACAAAUUCCAUACUUGCAAUUCACCUAAAAUGCAAUAAAACCAAAAUUAACAGUAAUGUUUACAGAAAGCUCAGCAAUGUCUUAUGCAAAUAGACGGGAAGGGAAAUGCAGAUUUCAAGCGUGUCCCUGUGAGAAGUGUACGAGUUUUCGUGAGGAUCGUUUAGCCAGCGGUUGUUACAACGAGCUAUCCGAUACGCCGCCUGAACGACCCUCACUAAAAUAUGCACCAUCUAACGGGAACAACUGCGCCUGCAAACCGUGCGAUAUUGGGCCGAUGUAUAAACGAAAAUAUCGACCGAACGGAGGACAACGGCGCAAGCAGGACACCGACGAAAUCAAGCAUUGUUGUUGCUCGGACGCUACAGAGUCACAAGUGUGUAAUAGUGGCACAGGUUGUUGCAACACAAAUAGCAACUUCAUGUCCUACAUGAUCAACGUAAUCAGUUUCAUAGCCUUCACAAUUAUAGCUAUCCUACUAUUUUGGCUUAAAAUGGUCGAAUGGACAUGUGCUUUGAGUGUUAAAAUUUAUCAUUCGAAUAGGAAAUCGCAACUCAUAGUUAUAAGCAUAAUCAGUUUUAUGUUUAUAACUAUGUUUUUCACCUAUCUAAUGAGUGGUACCUCAAAUGAGCUGCAUUCGAAACAUAUUACUCCAUGCAAGGGAUCACAUUGUGCAACUGUGACAAAAAAGUUUACCGUUACCAUAACUGAUGACAAGGCACGUGAAAUAUAUAAACAAUCCAAAUUAUAUGCAAUACCACUUGAAAUGAAACAACCACCCACAUUACUACUCUACUUACGCAGUCUCAUACUAAAAGAAGAAUGAAUUUCAAAGAAGAAUUAAACGAUUACUAAAUUAUGUGAAAAGUAAACAACGUAAAUAUUUAGUGUUUCAUUUAAUC